UGUACAGUAUAAGUGACUAUACCCAGGGAAGGCCUCCCUCCAUAUAAAUUUUUAAUACGUGGCAGGCAGAUUCCGGGAUCCCCUGGCCUUGCAGCAGCCCAAGAAAUUCUAAAAGGUUUGUUCAAUUUGCAUCAACAUUUUUUGGCAUAGUCAGCAGGAUAUCAGAGCAACUCUUGUGAGAUCACCUGGAGGUCCCCUGGAACUCGGCCCUCUACCAGCACAGGCCCUUUGUUCCUCUCCAAGUUCUCAGCACCUCGCAUGUGUAUUGGCUUCAAGGAAAUUCACAAAAAGGACUUGUGAUGAGCACAGGAUUCUGAUAUCUUUAAGAUCAUAAAACUAAACUGGGUAAGAAUUUUCAGAAUUAAUGGAAAAACUGCAUUCAGACAACAAGAAUUAAUAACAUGAGACAAAGUGAAUUGAAAAAGAUGAUUAUAGUUCUUAUGACUCUUGUUUAAAAUACUCUCUAAUGUUCUCUAAUGUUUGCUCUUCCAAAUUUAAGAAAACCUUUUCUCUUAAGAUCUAUGGCUUAAUAGAAUUUGAUAAAAUAUUCCUUUGUAAGCAAAUAGAAACAUUUGUCUUUUCUCCCUAUCUGAACCCUCCAGAAUUCAGAAACUCUAAAUGAGAAUUCUUUCUCACUUGGCAAUUAUAGUCAUUUACAUACAUCCAAUGAGAAUCUGUUUUCCUUGUAACAGGACACCACUGAAAACAUUGGCUACAUUACCAAGUCUUUAACUAGAAUGUCAUAUUUGAGAGACACCUGCAUAGAUUCAGAUAUGACCAGACAGGUUUAAGGAACUAAGAUUAACUUUAUGAAGCCAGUAAAGUCCCUUGGAAAUGUUAGCCUGAUACCUUGCUUAUAGAGUUCCCAAGAGCCUUACCAGGUAAGUAAAGAAUAUCACUUCAGGUGCAGGAACCUCAGGAUAUUUUGGGGACCGCAGGAGAAGAGAAAUUCACCCAAAUCUACAGGUAUUGCAGGCUGGAUCCUGAAUUCUUCUGGUUUCCUCAAAUGCCUGGCUAUGACUCUCCAAAUGAAGGUUUCCAGUUUUGUCCCAUUCUCUUGACCUGGAAUCACUGAGAACUAAAACUGCCCCUUUUUCUGAAGGCCUGCAAACUGAAACUAGACAACUUGAGGUUUGGAGAAUGUAUAUUUGUAAUUAGCCGUGUUGAUUUAAAGGAGCAGGCGGGAGAGAGGAGUAGACAUGCUGAAGGAGCUCCAGUUCUUCCUGUCGGCCAUCCUGCUGCUUGCCUGUGUCUUCUUCUACCAGCUCAGCCUGAAGUCCAGCUGUCUCUUCUCUUGCCUUCCUCCCCAAAAGGCCCAGCAAGACCCGGAAGCCCUCCUGGGCCAUGGGCAUGGCAUUGUGUUCAUAGAGACCUCAGAGAGAAUGGAGCCAACGCCUCUGGUCUCUUGUGCUGUGGAAUCUGCUGCCAAGACUUACCCAGAGAAGCCUGUGGUGUUCUUCAUGAAGGGUCUCAACACCACUACACGGCUGCCCUCAAACUCCACUUACCCAGCCUUUUCCCUCCUCUCAGCCAUAGACAAUGUUUUCCUCUUCCCUUUGGAUAUGAAAAGGCUGUUUGAAGACACACCAUUGCGUUCAUGGUACACUCACAUCAACGCCAGUGUGGAGAGCAACUGGCUCCACGUCAGCUCAGAUGCGUCCCGCCUGGCCAUCAUCUGGAAAUAUGGCGGCAUCUACAUGGACACCGAUGUCAUCUCCAUCCGGCCCAUCCCUGAGGAGAACUUUCUGGCUGCACAGUCUUCUCAGUACUCUAGUAACGGGGUGUUUGGAUUCCUCCCCCACCACCCCUUCCUGUGGGAGUGCAUGGAAAACUUUGUCGAACACUACAAUUCAGACAUUUGGGGCAACCAGGGUCCCAGUUUGAUGACAAGGAUGUUGAGACUGUGGUGCAAACUUAGAGACUUCCAGGAGGUGAGUGAUUUCAGGUGUUUGAACCUGUCUUUCCUACACCCUCAGAGAUUUUACCCCAUCUCCUAUCCAGAGUGGAGGCGCUACUAUGAAGUCUGGGACAAAGACCUGAGCUUCAAUGACUCCUACGCCCUGCAUCUGUGGAACUACAUGAACAACGAAGGAAGGACUGUGGUUAGAGGGAGCAACACGCUGGUGGAAAAUCUCUGCCGUAAGCACUGUCCCAGGACUUACAGGGACCUGAUUCAAAGCCCAGAGGGGUCAGUGACUGGGGAGGUGGGUCCAGGUAACAAAUAGAGCCCACACUGGCUCUAUGUUAUAGAACUGGUUCCUGGAGUGCCAGCGUGCAGCUCAUGUCCACGUUCCCCAGGGGUGGGGGGGUUUACCCACGUAUCGCUUAGGCUCAGCUUUCUCUGUCUAUAAUACAAAAAUCCCAAAGACCAUUGGUGUAUAAAAUAUAGAAGCUUAUUUCUCUCUCAUGUAAAAGAAGUCUGAAGGCAGGCGAUUCGGGGGGGCGGUGUGGUCACUGUGGUCAUUGGGGACCCAGGUUUCUUGCAUCUCUCUUGUUUGUUAUCCUUAGCGUCCAUAGCCCCUGGUCUAUGUGGCUGCUUGGUAUCCAGCCCAUUAUGUCUGCAUUUCAGGCAGCAGGAUGAAGGAAGGAGGAACGUACCCCUCCUUUAUUUUAUGAAAACUUCCUAUAAGUACUGUGUAACACUUGCCUUUACAUCUCACUCACUCACUGCAAGAGAUGCUGAAAAAUUUAAGGUGGAAGAGAAGAAAAUGGGUGUUAGGAGAGGCAGCUAACGGUUUUGCUACCUGUUAAAUUUACUUCUGUAAGAUUAAUUUCAGCAGAAUGGACUAGGGACAAAAAGUCUUGAUUUCUGAUCCUGACUUUGAUAUUCAUUAGUGAAUUCAGUCAAUGAAUAUUAACCAAGCCCCUUCUGUGUGCCAAGCACUGAUUUAGUUGCUGAAAAUACUGCUGGAUCAAGCAGACAUGGUUCCGUCUUAGUCAGUUUGGGCUGCAGUAACAAAGUACCACGGACUAGGUGGUUUAUAAACAACAGAAAUUUAUUUUUCACAGUUCUGGAGGCUGGUAGUCCAAGAUUAGGGUGCCAGCACAGUCAGGUUCUAGUAAGGAUCCUCUUCUGGUGGCAGAGGGCACUUUUCUUGUAGAAUUCUCGUAUAGGGGAAGGGGUCAAGGGAGCUCUCUGGGGUCCUUUUUAUAGAGAAACUAAUCCCACUCAUGAGGGCUUCACCCUCAUGACCUAAUUACCUC